CAUCGGCAGGGAUGGCGCCGCCACCGGCGGUGGCGUGAAUCCCCUCCGUUGACCGAACCCAAAUUCGAGUCCGAGCAGUCGCGGCUCAGGUUGAAGCAAAACGACAUUGGAGAGGGCAGAAGAAACUUUCAUGGGUCUUGGUCCCAAACAGCCUCAGUUUUGCUUGAAGUGGCCAUGGGACAUCCACCGGAACCCCACUGACCCCAAAGGUUGUAGCUUUGAAACUCCAUGGUUGUUCAAGUCUUUGCAGAACGUGGGCUCUUUGGCUUCCAAUCUCCUCGUCUCCGCCUUAAAACCCCCUCUUUCUCAUGACCCAUCUUCUCAUUCGUCGCCCUUGGUCGCUGGAGACAGUAAAGGCAAGGUCUUGAAGUCGCAAAACAAAGGCUUGAGCACUAAAGAGCAAGGGGAGGCAAAGAGGGCGUUUGCCUCUGCUUUGGCCAGUCGGAAAGAGGCCAUUGUGAUUGAGUUCUACUCGCCCAAGUGCAAACUGUGUAGUUCUCUGCUCAAGUUUGUUCUGGAGGUGGAGGGGCAGAAUUCGGAUUGGCUAAACAUUGUUAUGGCCGAUGCAGAGAAUGAGAUGUGGCUUCUUGAGGUGCUUUCAUCUAUCUUCCCCUUUCGAGUCUUUUAAGUUGUCAUGUGCUAUUACUGAGAUUUGGGAAUUUAAGGAUUGUUUGUACAGUUUAGUUCUCUUUGAGGGAUGGUUCUUUUGUAUGUUGUGAUGGAAGGUCUUUCAGCAACAAAUUGAGUACGUUGUU